ACCACAUCCUUUGAAUCUUUUUUCUGCUCGGCCCUCUUCGUGUUGUCGUAUACCUCAGUACGUACUGUCAAGUGCUGAUACAUUCGUACUGAGUAAAUAUUUUCUUAUAACGACUUCCUUGUCCAUCUCUUCUUCUCUUCAAUUGUAACCUGGACUCGUUCACUGUAAAGAAGAAUAAGGCGAUAAGCUAGCUUCGCUACCAUGUCGGAUUCAGUCGAAAAAGCCGUCAUGGCACAACAACCCGUGGACGAAAAGAAUCCCGUCAACCCUCACGACGCUGAGGUUCCCCUUGACGCAUUGCCAAAGUCUCGCUGGGAGCGUUCCUGGCCUGUUAUUGCUUGCGGUGCUGGUCUUUUUUCCGACGGUUAUUUGAACGGGAUCAUUGGUUCAGUCAAUACCAUGCUCGGCAAAAUCUAUCCCGAUACAUACAACAACUCUCCCGCCAGUCGCAACGUCAGUUCUAUUGCCUUCGUGGGAACGGUUGUCGGUCAAUUAGCCUUUGGUAUCACGAGUGACUACUGGUCGCGUAAAUGGUCUCUCUUCAUUGCUACCAUUAUUCUCAUCGUCUUCAGUGCCCUCAGCGCCGGUGCCUACGGCGCGGGCGGUAGUCAAGAAGGUCUCUUCGCCGCUUUGACAGCUUAUCGUUUCUUCCUCGGUAUUGGGAUCGGUGGUGAAUACCCUGCUGGUUCUGUCGCCGCAUCUGAGAGUACUGGUGAAUUGAAGUCUGGUCAUCGAAACCGUUGGUUUGUGUUUUUCACUGAUUUCAUGAUUGAUUCUGGUUAUGUGGUUGCGGCUAUUGUGGCUACUGUGGUUGUUGUGAUUACCACUGAGAGUCAUCUCCGUGUUGCCUGGCGUAUUUGUCUUGGUUUGGGUAUUGUACCGCCUCUUAGUCUGCUGUGGUUGCGGUACAAGUUGAACGAGCCUGAAGAGUUCAACCGGGAGCGUAUGCACAAGUACCCAUACGGUCUGAUUAUCAAGUUUUACUGGAAGCGAUUGCUUGUCGUCAGCUUGAUUUGGUUCACAUACGACUUCUCCAGUUUCUCCUUCAGUAUCUACUCGACCAAAUGGCUCGACAUCAUCAUCGGUGACUCCGCUCCUCUCUGGCAGAGUUUCGCCUGGUCCAUCCUCACCAACACUUUUUACCUUCCUGGAUCCAUCGCUGGUGCCUAUCUCGCCGACUGGGUUGGUCCCAAGCAAACCCUGGCUUGGGGCGUGUUUGCGCAAGGUGUGGUUGGAUUUAUCAUGACCGCUGCUUAUAAGCAACUCGGAACACCAGAAUACGUUGCUGCUUUUGUCGUUGUUUUUGGCAUCUUCUCCGCACUCGGUGAACUCGGUCCCGGCGACAACAUCGGUCUUAUCGCAUCCAAAAGCAGCGCAACAGCUAUUCGAGGUCAAUAUUACGGUGUCGCCGCCGCGAUGGGCAAGAUUGGUGCCUUUGUCGGUACUUAUGUGCUGCCCAUUGCACAGAACCAUGCUCCCAACAAGGUUCGCGCCGGCCAGGAUCCUUUCAUCAUCUCUAGUUCACUCUGCAUUUUCAGUGCGGUGAUUUGCUGGUUGUUUGUUCCUCAUAUCGGACAGGACACCAUUUCCGAGGAGGACCAGCGCUUCCGAGAGUACCUUGAGGCGCAUGGAUACGACACUUCGACCAUGGGUAGCAAGCCAUCUCAGUGAGGCAGGAGAUGAUAGUUGUGCGAUGAAUGUUGUAUGUAGCUGUACGGAGUAGACACUGAACACAAUAAUACAUGUAUGCGAGCACGUGGAGCAUACCAAACAAGACAAUACGGUAAAUACACGUAUUAUCUGACGAUGUAUUUACCUCGGCUGAAUCAGCCAUGAUCCACUUUCCACCCCAGAAUCCGGCCUCGUUCCCGACGUCUC